GAGGAGGAGGAGGGGGAGGAGGAAGUGGAGGAGGAUGAGGAGGUGAACAUUUCGCUCCCGUCCCCGCUCGUACUGCCCCAGCAGGGGGCCCAGCACGGGGGCCACAGAACCACCAACUUCUUCAUCGACAACAUACUGCGGCCGGACUUCGGCUGCAGGAAGGACCGCGAGCCCCGAGGACAGACCCCGGGACGCGAGGACGGUAACCCGCUCAUAACACGGCCGUCGCACACGCAUCUGUGUUUGGACUCGCAUUGUAGCAGUGACAGCACCUCCUCUUCGUCUUCAUCCUCCUCCACUUCUUCGUCAUCUUCUUCCUCACCGUCCUCGAAACAGAGCGCGUCAAAGCAGCAGCAGCGCCAGGCGACCGGGGGCCAUGGGACCCCCGGGGCGAGCGCGCGCUACUCGGACAGUGCCUCGUCGGGUACGGCGAGGAGCGGCAGUAACGGUGGAGGAGGAGGAAGAGGAGGGUCUCCGCCCUCUACCGCCAAGGACUCGCAGGCGAUGCUGUGGCCCGCCUGGGUGUACUGCACACGCUACUCGGACCGGCCCUCAUCUGGGCCAAGGACACGCAAAUUGAAAAAGAAGAAAACCGACAAAAGUGACGACAAGCGGCCCCGGACUGCGUUCACCGCCGAGCAGCUGCAGCGGCUGAAGACGGAGUUCACGACCAGCCGCUACAUCACGGAGCAGCGCCGUCAGGCCCUGGCCCUGGAGCUCAGCCUCAACGAAUCACAGAUCAAGAUCUGGUUCCAGAACAAGAGGGCAAAGAUCAAGAAGGCCACGGGCUACAAGAACGGCCUGGCGCUGCAGCUGAUGGCGCAGGGGCUGUACAACCACUCGACCACCACGGUGCAGGAGGACCGGGAGGACAGCGACUAGAAGGACCACCACGGUGCAGGAGACCGGGAGGACAGCGACUAGAAGGACCACCACGGUGGACCGGAUGGACAGCGACUAGAAAGAACACCAUGGUGGAACGGGAGGACAGCGACGAGAAUAAGAGUGACGGGACGGGACGGGGUGACGGGGGGUUCGAGCGUAAAAAACGACGAAGUGACGAUUUCUUUGAUAGUUUUUUUUUUCGUGCGUUACUGCGCACGAAAAUUGCGCAUUUCUCAAUAUGGACAGUUUGAGACUGCAGGAUUGUUUGGGUUGCUAUUUAAGAAAAUGACACAAAUAUUUCUGUUAGGGAAACAGUAUAUGGACAUAAUUAUACGAAAGGGACAAACAUUAUUACACUUUAUUUAGCCUGAUAGUCCAUGUUCUAUAUAUUUAAUUUCAGGUAUCGGGGCUGCAUAUCUCUCUGAAUAUCGCAUACCCGCUGGAGAUUUUUUUAAUGGGUUUCUUUUUUUAUAAAAAAUAAUAAUGUUUCUCAUUGUUUUAUUUCGUAUUUUUCGUUCUCUCUCUCUCUCUCUCUCUCUCUCUCUCUCUCU